AUGAAGCUCUCCCUCGCCGUCGCCCUGCACCUCUCCCUCCUCGCCGCCGCGGCGCCCACAUCCCUCAACCUCAAGCGCGAUAAUGGCGCUUCCCCGUCGGCGGGCUUGACAGACAUAAUCGGCGGUAACUCCCUCAAGUCCGCCGCCGAAAUGUUGAACCUGUACAGCACAGAGAACGACGAAACCAAGGCAAACGACUCGGGCGUCAGCAGCAACAUGCCCGUCAACACGACGCCCAACAGCAUGGCGAACGUCCCCAGCGCCGACGGCACACAGGACUCAAUCAGGCCUAGGCCUUCUGAGGACGCCGAGGCUGCGACGUCUCCUGUUACUGGGGAUGAAGAAGAAGAGGAGGAGGGGGAGGAGGAGGAGGCGGCCGUUACUGGAGGUGAAGAGGAAGAGGAGGAGGCUGCUACUGGGGAAGAAGAGGAGGAGGAGGCGGCUGUUACCGGGGAUGAAGAGGAAGAGGAGGAGGAGGCUGUUACUGGGGAUGAAGACGAGGAGGAGGAGGAGGAGGAGGAGACCUCCGCUGCUUCGCCCUCGUCGGAUGCUAGUGAGCCUGCGGCGCAGCAGAAUAUGCUUGGGGGCUUGCCUGUUCUCGGUUCGCUCACUAGUAUGCUGGGUAUGUGA